AUGGAUGGCGAAGACGAGCCGUUGUACUUGCCCGUUCACCGCGUCGCUCAAGCAUGUGUCGCGUGUCGGUAUGCUGGCCCCGACGUUCCUGAAUUCCAGUUCUGCACCAGACUAACCACGCCCUCAGGCGUAAAAAAGUCCGAUGCAACGGGAGCAGACCUGCCUGCACGCAAUGUCGCCGAUCUAGACAGGUGCGUCUACGCAGGCGCAUUGAACGGUCACAAGCAGAAUGCGGCCGGCGAGGGAGAGGAACCCUCCAGAGAGUCUGCGCCUAGCACAAACGAUGCCAUUAUGCAACGGCUGGCAUCGAUUGAGUCUACAAUGCAAAGCUUCGCCGCUCAUCUGGAAAGAAUCUCCAGCGGCUCGAUAAGCUCAACGGUACCCGGGACGAGGAUGACAGUGCCCUCUGAGGAAGGGCCACCACCCAAGAAGAAGCGCUUGUUAGAUGCAGAUUUCGAAGCAACAUCGCCAACACCCGAGGGAUAUCAUGUCCCUGACGACGUUUUGAUGCCUAUUAUCGAUACAUACUUCACUUGUGUCCAGAACCAACCAUAUUCGUUUUUCCAUGAAGGAAAUUUUCGCCAAGGUCUCGCCAAAAACGAUCUCCCCGAUCACCUCGUACUAGCAGUCGUCGCUAGUGCUAUGCGCUUCUGCAUCCAUCCAGCGCUGCCUGCUGAUAGCCACGAGUUGGCCGUCAGCUACGCUAACAAGUCGUGGAAGUCCGUGGUAUCCAACUGUUUCGGCCUAAGCACAACGGCCAACCUCUCCAUUGUACAGACUAUCGCUCUACUGGCACUGUUUGACUUUACAGCGGGCAAGUCGCGACACGGAGCCGCAUGGGUGAAGAUCGGCAUGGCCGUUCGAAUCGCACAGGACCUCGGGCUUAUGCUUGAAUCAUCGCCCGAACUCUCAUAUGCGGAACAAGAAGAGCGCCGGAGGGUGUUCUGGUCGGUCUACCUCUUGGAUCGACUUGUGUCUUGUGGCCGUGGCCGACCUCCUGCAAUAGUCGAUGCUUGCUGUCAAUUACAAUUACCUUGUGACGAGCAAACAUGGAGAGAUGGCAUGUGGCAGCCGACUUUGACACUAGAUGAGCUUGCGAAUCGCACAUCGCGAAGUGUCCAACAUCCAGGGCUGUUCGCUCGUGUCAUUAUCAUGGCGUAUACAGUCGGCCGUGCCGCACAGUACAUGCUGCAGGAGUUCAAUAUUCGGAGCCGCUACUCACCAUGGGACCCAUCGUCCGACUUCGCUGCUAUUGAAGCAGACUUGUUACAUCUAGAAUGCCACCUCGAAAUUGACAAACCACUGGUGGAAACACUACCUCUCUAUUUCGCCUCAGCAGAACAAGCGGACUAUCAGAGCACGGGGCCGGCCAUCUUCUCCAGGCUGCUAUUCCACUUGUGUUACUGCAUGCUCACUCAUCCGUUUCUGCUUCGACGACGACUAGAAACAGGGAGGAUCACGGCUCCCACAAGCUUCCUAGCUCGCAUCGGCUACUGCAUGCUGAUUGCUGGGUCCAUUGCAAUCCUGUACGCCGACCAUGAGGAGGCUGCAGUGAGCUCCAAAGCUUCGAUGUUGUUGCAGGAGGCAAUCCUUUACCUGCAAGACGCGGGCCGCUACUGGCGCAAUGUAGCGACAAUGGCAACGAUUCUGCAGCAAACAGCUGAGAACACAGUUGCAUAUAGUCAGCUCGCCACCCAGCGCUCGCAAAUCGCUCCCCUGUCGCCGGAGUGUGACAAGAUCAUGUGGUCGCUGGUGGACUACAGCACGAUCUCUAAUGAGAAACCUGCGAGUUGGGCGAGCAAUACGACUCCGAGCACUGAUUUGUGGUUUGAGUCAUGGAUCGACCUCUUUGGCAUGCAGAACAAUUCAGGGGAUUUUGGCAUGGAGCGAGGUGUUCUAGACUUCUCCACUAGGCCCCUGGGGGACAAUGUCACUGAUAUAUGA